AUGUUUGGUCCGCCUGUGGUGGAAAUCAGUGACGACUCGUCUGAUGAUGCAGCUGAGGACAAUGAAGAAUUGCUACAGGUCCUUGACUCGAUUCAAUCGACAGGCAAAAUCGCAACUUUCAGCCGAUAUCCCGCGUUUGUGAACCCCGGUCUCACUAUCCAAGGGAAUCAUCUUAUUCCCCUUCCGCUAAAAGAAGACGAUGCGCAGGCUAUCAAAAGCGUCUGUCGACAGGCGCCCUUCGGCCAUGGCGACAAAACAGUCGUGGACACAUCGGUGCGGAACACCUGGGAGCUCGAUGCAUCAAAGUUCGAGCUGGUCAACUCGCAAUGGCCCAGCUUCUUUGAUGUACUUCUUCGAGAUACGGCAAAGGGACUUGGCUUUCAGAAAGUCGUUGCCAAGCCGCACAAGUUGCUCCUCUACGAACCUGGCUCGUUCUUCAAGUCUCAUAAAGACUCGGAAAAGGAGCAGGGCAUGAUCGGAACACUCGUUGUGUGUCUUCCUUCUCAACAUGAAGGCUCUGACGUGCACUUGUCAUUCGGGUCGCAAGUAAUCAACUAUUCAACAGCUCCGACCUCCAAAUUUGAUCUGACCUCAAUCUCUUGGUUCUCGGAUGUAACACACAAAGUCACAACACUGACAUCUGGUUAUCGACUUGUCCUCACAUACAAAAUAUUCGUCCUAGGAGAAGACCCUCUUUCAGCUUCCACUAUCUUGGAACAGACCGACCAUUUGAAGACCAUGUUGAACAAGUGGCAAACCAAAUCUGUUAGGAAUGGAAAGCUUAUUUAUCCUCUCGACCAUCUUUACACGGAGACAAGCUUGUGUUUAGAAAACUUAAAAGGACGCGACCGAGCUGUCGCUCACACUCUGAGUCAGAUUUGUUCUGGCGCUGGAUUCUACCUCUUGUUAGCGCACGCAACCCACGUUCAGAAUGGAGAAGACGGAUAUGGUGCUUAUUAUGACGACUCUGAAGAGGACCACACAACUUUGAGCGCGAUGUACGGCCCCAAUGGCGGAAAGGUCGCUUCGGAUGUUGAUAUUAAUGUCGAUGAAAUCCUGGGUUACAGCAUCAGCAAAGAGGAACCAGACAGUGAGGACGAAGGCGAAUACACUAGAAACGAGAAUGCACCACCUACAUUCCGAUACCACAAGACAGUAAUUGUCCUUGUACCAAAGGCUCAGCUUCGGCAUUAUCUCAACAAGCAUUCUUCAAUCUACAAUGAAAGCCCAAAGGCUGAGAAUGAAUGCCUGGCCGAGAUGGUAUGCCAAGAUCUUGCCAACAAUCGGAAUGAUCCGUCCACGAAGCAGGUUGCCACUGCCUUCAUGGAGGAUGUCUUGGAUUCCGGAGUGAAGCCCAAAGCGGAAAUCAUUGGGCUCAUAUCGAAGUGGGCUUUGGAACUUGAUAACAUAGAAAUGUUUAGGGCUUGCGUUAGAGCCACAUACACAUCAGUUGGGUCGCGACCCAAUCAUAUUAAUGCUUUCCCGUUCUAUGUGUAUAGAAAAGCCAUUAGCAAAGAGCUAGUGGACCAUCUCAGAACUCACUGGGAUGGAAAGGAGCAAGGUAUUGAAUGGGAAUAUUGGCUACAAGAUCUCAAGACAGCUCGUGAUAUAGUUACAGAGUUCGAUGCGUUCUGUGCUCUCUUCAGAACUUCGACCGAGCAUCAACCUCUGCUUAAGAGCUUUAAUGCAUGGGCAGAUCCAGUUUGUGAAGAGAAGCUGAGAACGCAAUCUUUAUGGGCAAAGUCGGAUCGAGAGUACGUUCUCGGUACUCUCAAAUCACGUAACGCAGAUCGCGAAUUCAUACUGCAGAGCUUCCUUCCCGCAAUUAUACCACGAGCUCACCGAUACUUUUUGUGGGAUAUCUUGCAUUUGAUCAGUGUCGAAAGGGAGAGCACGUUUCCAAACUCUGGAGAACUAUACAAGUCCAUUAUCCAGCACAGCGGACAACAGUUAUGCCUCUCUGAGACUGACCUCACCCCAAACGCGCAGGAAGAUAAGGACGAAGGUUACGGCUACCGCACGCCAUGCCAGAAGUUUGUCAGAAUGCUAGAUGAAGGUUACAUCAACAGUGCCGGGCAAAAGAACCUGGUGUUACUGGAGCAGAGCUGCAAUAUUUUGAUCGAGAGGAAGGAUUUCUGGUCGUCAGUGAGUCCGCAACACUUGAGGAGGGACUUUCUUGAGCCUCUGAUCAAAGUCUUGGAAACCCAUAACGUACCCCCAAUCCCAGCGGUGCAAGGGUUCUUUGAGGUUGCGCUACGAGAUAUCUUCCACAAGCCGAUCAAUACACGACCCGUCCAUCUCCCAGGAUGGGCACAUCAGGAGCGUCACUGUUCGAGAUCGUCCAAUUGUGGGGAAUGUCGACAAAUGAACGAUUUUCUUAAGAGUCCAGAACAGCAACAGUGGCAUUACAUGGCUGGCAAGCCCAGUCGAGAACAUGUCGAAGCUCAACUUAGAGAUCCAGUCUACUCGUUCGAAACCCUAAAGCAUAGGUCCCCCCAUACUCUAGUGGUUACAAAACGAGGAACGAAUUACGACAUCGCACUACGCGCCUGGAAAGAAGCCUUUCGAGCGGUCGAUGACUCGGUCUACUGGAUAAGAAACGACUAUCUCAGAGGGUUCAUGGGCGAAGAAAAGUACAAGGAGCUGUUUCUUUUGGAAAAGCCUGGACAAGAAGAUCUUCGAGGUUCCGUGACACUCAGUUGGCCAGGGAGAGGUGACAUGGCACCGCCAAGCGCUAAACGCACACGCCUGUGGUAA